AUGUUGUGUUAUUGGGGCGCGCAGGUCAGAGAGGGUCUCGGUUUGUUACAGCCCGACAAUGUCAAACAUGCGGAUUGUGGUGGAAUACGCUUCAUGUGUCCAAAAUCUGAAAUACAGGACAUGUCAGCAGGAAAGAGCUUUAUUGGAUUCAUCCGGGAUGGGAAGGUCUCUGUCCUGAGAUUGCGCGCUGAAGACAGUGGUCAUGAUGGCAGACUAAAACAACUACAGCUAAAGAAAGAAAAAUUCAGAUCAAUUGUCUGUGGGGGAGCUGGUGCAGUCCUGCUUGCUUAUGGAGGAAAAGUUCUUAUUAUGGACAACUCUUCUAUGUGCACUCCUCUCAAAGGCCUUGACAACAGGCAGGUGAUUCAGAUCGCAUGUGGAGACCAGCAUUCAAUGGCACUAACUGAUGAUGGUCAGUUGUUUGUAUGGGGUGAGAACUCUCACGGUCAGCUGGGUUUGAAGGAAGGACGAUCUGGCUCUCUGACUGCUCAACACAUUCAGAGUCUGAGUGGGAUUCCGCUGGUUCAGAUCAGCGCUGGAGGAGACCACAGUUUCGCCUUGUCUCUCUCUGGAGUUGUGUUUGGCUGGGGGAAGAACAACGCUGGACAGCUGGGCCUAGGAGACACCACAGACAGGUACGUCCCAACAGUUGUAAACAGCCUGAACCAGAGGAAAACUGUGUUCAUCUCUUGUGGAGGGGAACAUACUGCUACUUUAUCAAAGGGUGGGACUGUGUUCACAUUUGGAUCGGGAUGUUUUGGGCAACUUGGGCACAACUCAUUUACAGAUGAACAUCAUCCGAGGGUGGUCGCUGAACUUUGGGGAUCUAAAGUGUCCUGGAUCACAUGUGGGAGAAAUCACACUCUUGUAUUAGUGGAAUCGUCAAAGCUGAUCUAUUCAUUUGGAUGUGGGACACAAGGGCAGCUGGGAAAUGGACAAAUGAUCAAUCAGUCGGUGCCAUUACCUGUGAAUCUGCCAACAAAAUCUAAUCACAAAUGUGCAAUUGAAAAACCCAUUGCUGGGGAGAAACAUUCUUUUGCAUUGUGCUUCAAGAAACUUGGGAAUGAAUCAGCAAAGCCAAAACCCAAUCUGGGCAGAGGGGUUUGGACAUUAAAUGAAAGAAGGAUUAAACGAUGGCUGACCGAAAGUGAUUCAAAGUCAUGGAGAACAAUCAAGAAGGAAAUUAACAAAGUGUUCUCAUCCGCUGCCUGUCUGAAUGGAAGUUUUCUCAAAACAAGUUGUGACAAACAUUACCAGACAUCUGUGGAGUUCUGCGGUUUGGAUUUCAACCUGGUCAGAAAAUCUUUUGCAGAGAUACCAGUGAACGAAAGGGUGAUAUCAGAGGUAUUGAAGGUGGUUCAGUGUACACUGCUGCCUUCUCUGAACACAAGCCCAGCUGGUGUUGAAGAUCUGAGGCUUUACCUUCUCCUCCCUGAACUCAUCAGAGUUCUCCAGAAACCACAAAGAACUGAACUCACUGAAGCACUGGCCUCCAAAAUCCUUCAGCUGAAUCCUGCUGCACUGAAGGUGUUAGAAAUGUACUGGUCCAGACUCCCUGAUGAUUGUCUCCAAGGCAUGGUGAAGUUAUUUCGUAAGGCAUCUGCGAAGUUGAUUGGCAGGAUUGCUGUUGACAACAUUAACUAUGACAUGCCGACACGCGUGCAGAAAUGUGUGCAGGUCCUUCAGAUGCUCUAUAAGGUCUGCUGCAGUACCCACAAUGACAUCACAAAGACUGAUUUCAUCAUUCAUGAGAUCAAUGAUCUUCUUGACACAUUGCAUGCCACCACUGAAGAUGUGGACAAUAUGAAUCAGCAGCUUGUAGGAAUGGCAUAUCAUGGUGCCUUUUUUGGAAACAUCAUUAGGAGAAAUCAAAUGAUGGCAUUGGAACAGUACUAUUUUACAACUUUAAACAGUCUGUUGUCACUUCCAUGCAUCUUUAACCUAGAAGCCAAAUGCAACUUAUUGAAAAACAGAAUAUGGCAGGGGUCAUACGAACUGAUUUUGAGACGCACAGCACUAGUGGACAAUUGUUUCUCUGUGUUGAGAAAUGGCAACGAGCAACAUCUCAAAACAAGAUGGCUGAGGGUGGUUUACACAGAGGAUAUGUAUCGAUCAGAUGUCAACAAGAGAGACUUUUUUGACAAAGUAUUUAAAGAGUUGCAUGCACCAGCUUCUCAGAUGUUCAUGUAUGAUGACAAUGAAACUAUGAUCUGGUUCCCAUCAAGGCCAAGUAUUGAGAAGGAGAGGUACUUUCUGUUUGGGAUCCUGUGUGGAUUGGCCUUCAACAACAGCUGUGUUGUUGACCUGCCUUUUCCUUUAGCCUUGUUCAAAAAACUUCUCAACGUCAAGCCAUCUCUCAAAGACUUGAGAGAGUUUGACCCGGUUCUUGGCAAGAGUUUACAGUACAUUCUGGACUACAGCGAUGAUGUUGAAGAAAUGGACAUGAAUUUCAGGAUCAAAUGGGAUGGAACUGAAGUGGAAUUGGAUCCUGCUGAGCCAGGAAAAAUUGUCUCAAAUUACAACAGGACAGACUUUGUGGACAAGUAUGUGGAUUAUGUCCUGAAUAAGUCCGUGGAGGAAGUGUUUGAAGAAUUCAGGAGAGGUUUCUUCAAAGGGUGUGAGAGUCACUUGGUGGAGAUGUUUGAACCAGAGGAGCUGAGAGGAGUGAUGGUGGGCAAUGAAGAAUAUGACUGGGACACACUCAAGCAGAAAACCAGAUAUGAAGGAUUAUUUGAUGAUGAACAUCCAACCAUCAUCUCAUUCUGGGAGGUGUUUGAUGAACUAACAUCAAGGGAAAAGAAGGCCUUUCUAUUGUUCUUGACGGGGUUUGAGCGAGUGCCCAUUCUUGGUAUGAGUCAGGUGAAGAUGAGAGUCAGAAACUUGUACAACUCUACUCAGGACCAUCUACCACAGGCUCUGACCUGCCACUCCCUGCUGGAGCUUCCUGUUUAUCAGAGCAGGACAACACUCAAGGAGAAACUAAUCGAGGCCCUCAACCACAGGAGAGGGUUCUGGGAGGAUUGAGAUUGAUACUUGACACAUUAUUAUCUUACAUGUGGUGCUCUGUACAAAUGCAGAUAGCUCUCAGGAAAUUAUUUAACCAAACGGUGGUGUUAGUGAUUUCAGCAGGUUUUGCUAAAUCCUGCCAUUUUGCUAACUGCUACUACAUGCCCUUCCUGCAAAAUCUGCUCUCUAAAGACAUGUCAGAAAAACCAAACACUAUAAACACUGUCAAGCCAACAUAAUAACUUACAUCAGCUUUGAAAAUCUGGCUUCAUGGGAGCCUGGGUAGCUCAGUGGUAAAAUACGCUGGCUACCAUUAGCUCGCUAGUUUGAAUCCCAGGGCGUACUGAGUGACUCCAGCCAGGUCUCCUAAGCAACAAAAUUGGCCUGGUUGCUAAGGAGGGUAGAGUCACAUGGGGUAACCUCCUCAUGGUCGCUAUAAUGUGGUUCGUUCUCGGUGGGGCGCGUGGUGAGUUGAGUGUGGUUGCCACGGUGGAUGGCUCAACAAGCCACGUGGUAAGAUGCGUGGGUUGAUGGUCCCAGACGCGGAGGCAACUGCGAUUCAUCCUCCGCCACCUGGACUGAGGCGAAUCACUAUGCGACCACGAGCACAUUGGGCAUUCCAAAAUGGUAGAAAAAGGGGAAAAAUCCCCUCCCAAAAAAAUAGAAAAUCUGGCUUCACUCUUUAGCUGUUGUUCUCAUUACAAUAAUAGGCAUUUUUGUUGUGUAUAAUCAAAGGUCACAGGUCUAAGAACUUGAGCCUUGAUCUUUUUUUGUCAGUAACUCCAUAGUUUAUGUCCUUUCUUAAUAUUUAGGGGAGACUAGGGAUGAUUGAAAGAAACACUGGGUUUGCUUUACUAGUUUUAGUUCCACCAAUUGGGAACAAGCUACAGCCAUGUUGUCUUUUAUUUUAUUUAUUUAUUUAUUUAUAUCCACUUAUUCCAGAUGGCAUGUGUGCAGUCCUAAGGCUGUGAAAUCAACAAUGUUGUUUUUAUGGAAAUAAUUGAUGUUAAAUAAAUUUGAGCAAAGUUUUCAUGAGUUGUAUUAUUCAGUAGAUGAGCUCUGGUGUUUGUCACAUUGCUAUUUCAGUUCUUUCUCACCAGGCAGGAGAGGUUUCUUUUCCGAAUACUGUAGUACUU